CUUGAUAUUAUAUAUAUAUAGCCUGUACAAAAAUAUUUCUUAUAAACAACAAAAUAUGGUGCGCGACGUGCGCGUACUCCGUGAUAAUAAGAAUAUUCCAGUAUCACCAUUUACAAAAUACAGAAUUGUUUUUUAUAGUUCAUUACUGAUUCCAUAGAGUAAUAUUUAAAUUACUACUCCAUAAUUCUAUACUAGUAUUAUACAAACCGAAUUCCAAGGUGGCUAGGUUUAAUUACAGGCUACAGAAUAGAUUUAAUUAAAGUAUUUUGAAUGAUAAUUGUUUCCUCUUAAAACUUAAUCAUGGGUAGUGAUGGAAUUCUUAAAAAUAAACGCAAACGAAAAAGAGAAAUAAAAAAUGUUACGAAACGUCAAAGAUUGGAUCCAAAAAUUUUUAAAAAAUUACCUGCUGAAAUACAAAAAGACAUUUCAUUGUUAAAAUAUUGGAAUUCUAGAUAUAGGUUGUUUAAAAAAUAUGACCAAGGAAUAAAAUUAGACAGUGAAAGUUGGUAUUCAGCGACACCAGAAGUAGUAAGUCGUAUGAUUGCUGAACGGUGUACAUGUGAUCUGAUAAUUGAUGGAUUUUGUGGUGCUGGAAGUAAUGCCAUUCAAUUUGCAUUAACUAGUAAAAAGGUUAUUGCAAUAGAUAUUGAUCCGAAUAAAAUAGAACUUGCACGAAAUAAUGCCAAGGUUUAUGGUGUAUCAGAUCGCAUAGAAUUUAUUAUUGGAGAUUACUAUGCAUUGGCUCCUACUUUAAAAGCAGAUGUUGUAUUUUUGGCACCUCCAUGGGGUGGCCCUAAAUAUUCACAAAAAACCACUUUUGACAUAGAUGAUAUAAUGCCGAGUUAUGGAGGCGGGAAACACUUAUAUGAAUUAACUCGUCAGAUAACUAAAAAUAUUGCAUUCUUUCUCCCAAAGAAUAUUGAACACAAGCAAUGUAUUUCUUUAGCUGGCCCAGGCAAUUUGGCAGAAAUAGAAAGUAAUUACUUGAACAAUAGACUGAACUCAAAAACAUUGUACUACGGGGAUUUAAUUAAAACCGAUAAUUAGUAUUAAUGAAAAAUAAAUAAUAAUACAAUAUUUAAUUCAUGAAUAAUUUAAGAUUUAGUAU